AUGGCUGCGGGCAAGAAGACAACGACCGCAAAGGCUCAGAAGAGCUCUGCGCAGACCACCAAGGAAAAGGCCAAAGCCACUUCUGCUUCGCCAGCCCUUCUUGCAUGCAUAUCACAGUUCCUAGGCGACCAUGGGUUCACGAAGACGAAGGCAGCCUUUGUCGCAGAACAAAAAGGGAACACGGACAUUGCGAAUAGCAUGCAACAAACCAAUUUGAGCGAGGAGGAGAUACCUUCGUUGGAUGUCAUUUAUGAGCUUUGGGAAACCAAGAAUUCCGCUGCCCCCGGAGCUGAUAAGGAUGCUGAGAGCAGCAGUGACAGUGAUUCGGACUCGGUUUCAAGUGAUGCUAGCUCGGAUGUAUCAAUGCAAGACGCCGCUAGCAGCUCGUCUGAGAGCGAAGAUAGCUCGGACAGCGAGAGCAGCGAUAAUGAAGAAACAUCUAAACCCGCCUUGAAGGAAACAGAGAAACAAUCCCUCAAACGUAAACUGGAGUCCGACUCUUCGUCCUCCGACUCUGACUCGGAUUCCGACUCGGAUUCCGAUUCUGACGAUGCACCCACCGCGAAGAAAGCAAAGCUUGAACCAUCUGCAAAGAAGGCCCCAGAACCUGAACAUGACUCUUCCUCCGAAGACUCGGACUCCGACUCUGGCUCUGGCUCAGACUCGGACGCGGACUCGGACUCCCUCUCUAGUUCUGACUCGGACUCUGACUCUGAGUCCUCCUCCGACUCGGAUUCGGAUUCUAGCUUAGACGAUGCAGCGAAAAAGACCAAAACCCCUGCAAAGAAAGAAGCAUCUAUCUUAAAAAAGGCCGUCAAGACUCCGCUCCCCGAAUCCGAUAGCAGUGAUAGCUCCUCCGACUCCUCCGACUCAUCUGAUGACGAUGAUGACGAUGACAAGGCAAAAUCAACUGUUGCCGAAGAACGCAAGGCUUCCUCCGAUUCUAGUGCUACCUUAGCAGCUACAUCUGGCCAAAGCGACUCUGAUUUUAAACCGAAGCCUGCGCCUAAGCCGGUUCGUAAACAUGUAGGAGCUAGACCUACUCCUCUAGCUGCUGCAAGCGAACUGCCUCACAACCACCCAUCUAACGCAUAUGUGCCAUAUGCUUACGCCGAGCGUGCCCACCGUGAUCUGUCAGUCACCCGCGGCAAAGGCUUUACCAAAGAGAAGAACAAAAAGAAGCGCGGCUCUUACCGCGGUGGACCAAUUGACAUUGGGCCAGGUAACAGCUACAAGUUUGAAGAUUGA